AGGUUUCCGGUUUACUUCUGGUACCCGAGAGUUUUCCAGUUUGUUGACAGUUUGAGAGCUAGCCAGUAAAGAAAGCAACAUGGUUUCUACAUAAACACAGACGUUUGUUUUUUUUGUAGCCAAUGGCUGUUUGUUUUGUUUUGUUGGUCUUACUGUAGAGUUUUAGAUUUAAGCAUAGCUAGCAAACAGAAUGUGGUUAACAUUAGCUACAGUUCUAGCGUGCUAGUAGCUAGCCAUAGCUAAUUUUAACAUAGAUGCUGAACUAAUAGCGAGCUAGUUAGCUUGAAUUACGCUAUGGUGCUUCUCAUACAUUUGGUAUGCUUUUACUUCUUCUGAAUAAUUUGUGCGGCAUGGACACCGAGGCAAUCGUGAUCCGAAUUAAAACCUCACGUGGGGACAUGGACUCCUCUGUGGAUUGUCCCUCUAUGUUGAGUUUUAAUGACUUACUGGCAGCUAUAAGGGAUGUCAUGCCAGAAGCCACAGUAACGGCAUUUGAAUAUGAAGAUGAGGUUGGUGAUCGAAUUACAGUCAGGAGUGAUGAAGAACUGAAAGCCAUGCUCUCAUAUUACUGCAAUACUGUGAUGGAGCAACGUGUCAAUGGACUGCUGCCUGAACCGCUGCAGAUCUUUCCUCGAGCCGGCAAGACUCCAGGGAACCGGAACAUACAUGGCCUGAAGGUGAACACGAGGCAUGGGCCCGACAACAACCGAGCCCCCUCUGCCGCCGAUACGCUGCCCAACAAUAGUUUAAAAAAGUCUUCAGCUGAGCUCAAGAAGAUCCUGACAAAUGGACAGGUAUGAUGAAUUAUGUAAUCUCCUUAUCUCUCCACAAAUGCAUGUAUGUACUUUUGAAUGCACGCACAUUCACACGCA